GUGUGGAGCAGGGGCGGACUGACCAUUUGGUAACUUGGGCACUGCCCGAGGGCCCGGGGUCAGUAGGGGGCCCCAUGAGAUGCUCCUGGUACCUUUUUCAUAGGCUUUUUUGAGUUUGGGCAAGGACACAGGGGCCCCUAUGAUCCCCUAUUGCCCGGGGGCCCCAUGAGUUGUCAGUCCGCCCCUGGUGUGGAGUCAUCACCAGAGCCUACAAACGCACAAGAUUCACUUGCAUGUUUGCAUUCAUUUUUUGUGGACACUGAUGCCCCUGGUACCUUUUUCAUAGGCUUUUUUGAUUUGGGCAAGGACACAGGGGCCCCAUGAUCCCCUAUUGCCCGGGGGCCCCAU